AUGUAUGAAAUGGGCACCUUCGCAAAGGAUGGGUCGCACUCUGCGAACGAGGGGCUGACUACACAAGCCCAUCGUCGCCGGAUAAACGAGCGAGCAGUAAUCGAGAAUCCCCUUGCUGGUUAUACGGAUGAGCAACUGGAAGCAGAUGUUGCAUCGUUCGCCCAGGAACAUCUAAACGUCGACACGGCAGAGUUGCUUCGAGCAGCGCGCGUAGCUAAAGACAUCAGGCUGUACGACGAAGUUGCCAGAAACUCGAGCGAGAGCGCUAAUAGAGAGCUUCCGGUCCAGCUGACCGGAGAGGAAAAACGAGCACUUGUACGGGAACGCGAUGUUCCGUUCAGCGAAAAGGGGAUGUGGACAAUCAUAGUCACAGUAUCACUAGCAGCCUUUCUGCAGGGCCACGUCCAAGCAUCACUUAACGGUUCGUCGCUGUACGAUACCCAAUUCGGUCUCAACACAAUCGCCGAGAAGGAAGAUGGUAUCGCGACCGGAAGAGAAGCUCCGCUAGGAGCCGAUGACUGGAAGCUCGGUGCUGCCAAUGCGUCACCGUUCUUCUUCGCGGCGGCGUUAGGCUGUCCCCUGGCACUUCCUGUGAACCAUUACUUGGGUCGCAAAGGAGGCAUGAUAAUUGCGGCGUCGUUGAUCUUGGCCAGCUCUCUUGCCUCGGCCUUUGCCACGGACUGGCAUCAACUCUUUGGCAUCCGUCUGGUUAAUGGCAUUGGGAUGGGUCUCAAAGCCGUCAGCACCCCUAUUCUUGCUAGCGAGACUGCAGUGGGUUACUGGCGUGGCACAUCCAUUCUCGCGUGGCAGUUGUGGGUGGCGGCGGGAAUGAUGGUCGGGUUCGCCUUCAACCUGAUUUUCGAUACAACGCCAGACUCGAACAAGAGGCUGACCUUCCAGUUGAUGGUGGCAGCCCCCAUGGUGCCUGCGCUAGCGCUGCUGGUGUUUGUCAUCUGGUUCUGCGACGAAAGCCCGCGAUACUUGAUGCGGGUGUCGAGCCCGAGCUACGACCCACGACGGGCGUAUGAGAUUCUCAGGAAGUUGAGAAACACCGAGUUACAAGCCCUACGGGACAUUUACCUGGUCCACAAGUCACUCGAGCAGGAGGAGCUGCCCAGCGUCGACGCGAGCUCUCAGUCGGCACAAGGCUUUGCCGUCACCAUCGCGGGCUUCUUCCGCCAAUGGAGGCAGCUCUUCCUUAGGCGACGGCUUCGGAACGCCCUGAUCAGCAGUUCGACAUUGGCCUUGGCGCAGCAGCUCUGCGGUAUCAACGUACUGGCGUUUUACUCGGGCACGCUCUUCAGCCGCGCCGGCGUGGACAAGCGGGACUCGAUGAUCUUCAGCCUGGGCUACGGCGCGGUAAACUUCGUCUUCGGCCUCCCGGCUAUCAGGACCAUCGACACGCUGGGGCGGCGCAAGUGGCUCAUGCUGACGCUGCCGGCGAUGUCGCUCUUCAUGCUGGUCGCGGGUGUGUCGUUUCACAUCAGCAACCGUGACGCCCAGGUCGCGGUGUUUACGCUCUUCAUCUUGCUGUUCGCUGCGACGUACUCGCCCGGGCUAGGCCCGAUCCCGUUCACGUACGCGUCGGAGAGCUUCCCGUUGUCGCACCGCGAGGCCGGCGCUGCGUUUGCCAUCGCCGUCAACCUGGGGUUUGCCGGGUUGCUUUCCAUGUUCUUCCCGCGGAUCAACUCGGGGUUGGGGGACGGCGGGUCGCUGUAUCUGUUCGCGGGGCUCAAUAUGCUCGCGUUGAUCAUGGUUUUUCUGUUGUUGGAGGAGACAAAGAGGAGGAGCCUCGAGGAUCUCGAUUUGGUGUUUGCGGUAUCGAAGCGCAGAUUUAUUGGACACCAGGUGUCGGAGUACCUGCCAUGGUUCUUCAAGAGGUAUCUUCUGGGAAGCAAGACGAGCAAACCAAGUUUGUACAUCGACUUGAUCUGGGGACCUAGAGACGAUGAAAGGGCCCGUAUGGGAGAUGCGGAGGACACAGGGCGCAGAGACAGCGCAGAGUCAGACCGAGAUAGCACCCAUGCUUGA